CUCAACCACGCAGGAAUCAAACUUUUCAUGCCACUAUUUUGAUGUUUGUUUUAAGGACUCUAAAGCUUUCAGGUUGAUCCAUAUAAAUUUUUUCAUAGAGGUUCCCAUGUUAGAAAAAAAAAAAAACAGUUUUCACAUCCCUUUAUCUAAAAAAAAAAAGCUAAAUAAAUAUUGAAACAGUCUUUCAUAGAUACAUUUUCAACUUUCAAUCACAAUAUAAUUUCAAUUUCACAUGGUGCAUGUAUCUUAUCUUUAGCUCAUGUAAAUGUUUGGCUACAGCCACUUAUCCACAGACAAACCCUACACACAUACUGUUUGAAGAUAUGUGAAGUUAGAUUUGUAUGAAAUUUAAAUAAAAUGUAAUAUAAAAUUCUAUUAAAAUGCCUAAAUCCAAAAAAUCCAUAUUUCCCCUCCAUAUAGAAGAAGAAGAAGAAGAAGAAGCACCAAUAUGCUCAGACGUCAACAUGACUGCUGUUCACAGAAAAAACUUCAAACAGUUCUACUACUCCUUGUCCUCCUGGCGCUCCCAGCUGCUCAUGCGGUUGCAGGGAACUGCACAUGCGAUCCAGAAGAAAAGGAAGAGCCCAGUACCGACGUUGACAAAAGACAAGCUCUAAAAUAUAAACUUGGGGCAAUAGCUUCCAUACUCAUCGCCAGUGCUAUCGGAGUCUGUCUGCCUGUUCUUGGGAAAGCCCUACCCGCUUUGAGUCCCGAAAGGGGCGCAUUCUUCCUGAUCAAGGCUUUCGCGGCCGGCGUCAUUCUCGCCACCGGUUUCAUUCACGCCCUGCCCGAUGCUUUCGAACAACUCACAUCGCCUUCCCUCAAUAAGAAACCUUGGAAGUUCCCCUUCACCGGCUUCGUGGCGAUGCUCUCUGCCAUCGGAACGCUCAUGGUGGACUCUGCUGCGACUUCGUAUUACCAGAAAGUGGCUAAUUCCCCUGUUGGGUAUGAAGAGAGGGUUGCAGAACAGGCUGGCCGUGGUCACGCCCACAUUGAUGUCCAUGCAAGUCAAGGCCAUGCUCACGGACCAGUUACCUCGUACUCGGAGCUUCUUCGGCACCGAGUUAUAUCGCAGGUUUUGGAUUUGGGGAUUGUGGUGCACUCUGUUAUAAUUGGGAUUUCUCUGGGAACAUCCCAGAGUCCGAAAAAGAUAAGGCCGCUCGUGGCCGCCCUGACCUUCCAUCAGUUUUUCGAGGGCAUGGGACUCGGUGGAUGCAUCUCUCAGGCAAAAUUUCGAGCAGGUUCUUUUGCAAUCAUGGCAAUUUUCUUCGCUCUUACGACGCCAGUGGGGAUUGGAAUCGGGAUUGUAAUAACUAAGAGGUAUUAGGAGGACAGCCCUAGAGCUCUCGUUGUUGAAGGGGUGUUUAAUGCAGCCUCAGCAGGAAUACUAAUCUAUAUGGCACUCGUUGAUCUUCUUGCCGCCGAUUUCAUGAACCCCAAGCUGCAAAGCAAUGGGAGGCUUCAGUUGGGGUCUAAUAUUUCGCUGCUUCUUGGGGCUGGUUUUAUGUCUGUUUUGGCCGCAUGGGCUUAAUAUAUUAGACCCAACCAACCAAUCUGCACAAGCUCUGUCAAUGCUAUACCUUCUUUUGUAAA